UCUGGCAGGACUAGCUGUGGGACUGCUGGCACAUGGGUUCUAAGGGCUUUUGUCUUCGUAGAGCUUCCUGAGAGCUGGGCUGAUAUGCAGGAGCCACUGCUUGAGGGGAUGUGCUUCACCCUCAAGUAUCUGGGCAUGACGCUGGUAGAAAAACCAAAAGGAGAAGACAUGGCUGCUGCUGCCAUCCGCAGGAUCGUGGCCACGGCACGGGUCGGAGCUCGCAAGUUUCAGAAGGUGAUUCUGACAGUGUCUCCAAGGGGCAUCUCACUGCAGGAUGCAGACACUAAGGAGAUGGUGGAGAACAUCUCCAUCUACAGGAUCUCCUACUGCACAACAGACAAGCUGCAGAACAAGGUCUUUGCUUAUGUUGCCCAGAGCCAGGAGAGCGGGGCACUGGAGUGCCAUGCCUUCCUCUCACCGAAGAAGAAGAUUGCCCAGGCUGUGACUCUGACCGUGGCCCAGGCCUUUCAGAUGGCACUUGAUCUCUGGGAAGCAACACAUACUGCAGGCUCUAGGCAGGAUCAGCCCCUUCACCCUUCAUCUGUCUUGGAGAGCAGUGAGCCUGGCAGACCCUGUGAGCCAGCUCCCUCAGGGAGCGCUCCCUUCAGACACCACUUUGGGGAGGUGGAGGAGGAGGAGGAAGAUGAUAAUGUCAAUGAAACCUUACCUGGCAGCGUGGAGGAGCUGGAGAAGGGAGCACACAGCCCAGCAGCACAGCUAUUAUGCUACCGCCUGGGGCCGCCCCCGGACAGCUGGACGGUGCUGGGAGGGGUUGGACACUCACCCAGCGCUGGCCCCAAGACUCCCCUGGGCUAAGCCAAAUCUCUGCAACAACGGACCAGCCACUCAGGAUUCACCCUGUGCCUGCACCUGGGCCAGCCAGUGCCUGGCACUGCCCUGGCACUGCCCUCCUGACACGGGGGCUGCUGGCACUGCUGCCAUGGAGUGCACAGGCUGUAACACCUUCUCCUUGUCCUGUGCUGCCUGCAUGAACCGCCUCGAGCUGCAGCUGCUCCCAGCUUGGGCUGGGGGACCGAUGCUCCUCACUCUGCUCACUCCCAGGCCAUGCAGGACCACCCUGCGUGCUCUGAGCCUUCCUAAUGCAGGCAGUGUACACCCUCAGGGAGCAACAGCUCUUGGCCUGGAGCAGUAUGUGAUGAAGGCCUUGCCCCUGCAGUUCAACCCCCUAGCCUCUCACAAGUGAAAUGACCUGGUUUUUAAAGGAAUGCUCUGCCUUUAUAGAGAAAUAAACUGAUUUUUUUACUGUU